UCGCCUUUUAACGUACCACUCAGAUACAGAUUCUCCUCCAUUCCCAUUUCUGUCUUCGCUUUCACUCAUUGCUUCUCUCUCAACACACUUUCCCUCUUUUUCUUCCUCUAUCUCCCUAUGUGUUCUUCCCUCCCUGCUUCUCUCUUCACUUCUUCCUCUGCCUUUCGCUUCUCUUCUUGAUCGCCGUUCGCUUCAAUUCUCUGCUCUCAGUGAUAUAGUAUGCUUCAAGAAGCUUCAACAAAAGCCGAGGGAGAACUUGAAGUUAGCUUUGGUUAUAAAUGCAAUGGUAACAUAGAUGGAAUUGAGGUUUCCGACAAAUUCGAGAUCCAGCCUGGACUUCGAAGGAUCAGCAGUUUCUCUUGCUUAUCUGGGGCUGCUUUGAGUGCAAAUGCAACCUUAGCUAACACAAAUAUAUGCAAUGGGUUGAUAGGAGUAGAAAUACUUCCGACCUGGGACUCUCCUAACUCCUUCCGUAAGGUGCCCUCAUCACCUACUCUUUCAAGGUUGGAUAUAUUGUCAACGUCUCUGCAGAGUAGUCUGUCAAACUUAAGUUGCAGUCCAUCUACCCCAACAUCUGAAUAUGAUUCAUGCUUGUUAAAGUCCACGAGUGCUCCUUCCGGAAGUGAAGGUUUUCUUAAUGUUAAGGAAUUGCAAGUGGCAGGUGGAGCUGCUGGUGAGGACAGGGUCCAAGCUGUUUGUUCCGAAGAAAAUGGAUGGCUGUUUUGUGCAAUUUAUGACGGUUUUAAUGGAAGAGAUGCAGCUGAUUUUCUUGCUGGGACAUUGUAUGAAACCAUCGUGUUUUAUUUUAGCCUACUAGAUUGGGGAGCUAAGAGUGAAACCUCGGAUAUUUUGGACAUGGAUAAUUCACAUCUCGAUGAUUGUAGCAUUACUCAGAGAAGUUUUUCUACUUUGAGAAACAAUAGUAAAAGUGCUUCAGAUAUCAACAAUAUAUUUGAGAAACGUUCACAUGCCAAAGCAGGAAUGGCAAACUAUCCUCUAAGGCAUGGGGUGCUAGAUAGCCUCCAGCGUGCUCUUAGUCAAACAGAGAAUGAUUUUUUGCACAUGGUUGAACAGGAAAUGGAGGAUCGUCCUGAUUUAGUUUCUGUUGGAUCUUGUGUUUUAGUUGUUCUUCUUCAUGGAAAGGAUUUAUAUACAUUAAAUUUGGGUGAUAGUAGAGCAGUACUGGCUACUCUUGAUGAAGGUGCAAUGAGAGGGAAUAGGGGACUGAAAGCUGUCCAGCUCACUGAGAGUCACACUGUGGAUAAUGCACUCGAAAGAGCGAAGUUACAAUAUGAUCAUCCUGAUGAUCCCACAAUCAUUGUUGGUGGGAAAGUCAAAGGAAAACUGAAGGUGACUCGUGCUUUUGGAGUUGGCUACUUGAAGACGAAAAAGUUUAAUGAUGCUUUGAUGGGUAUUCUUCGAGUUCGUAACCUAAUAAGCCCUCCCUAUAUUUCUACUCAACCGGCAUUGUCUGUCCAUAGGAUAUCAAAAUCAGAUUGCUUUGUAAUAGUUGGCAGUGAUGGUUUAUUUGACUUUUUUGGCAAUGACGAGGCAGUGAACCUUGUCCAUUCAUAUAUCUUGAGCAACCCAACUGGUGAUCCUGCAAAAUAUUUACUGGAGCAGCUCUUAUUGAAAGCUGCUAAUUGCGCAGGUUUUAGCAAGGAAGAAUUAAUUACCAUUCCAGCCGGAAGAAGAAGGAAAUAUCACGAUGAUGUAACUGUUAUUGUAAUCAUCCUUGGAACAAAUCAGCGCACCACAAGGGCAUCUACUAGCAUGUAAGCCUAAAUUUGGCCAUUUUCACCUUACUUUAGCUCAUUUUGUUCCAUAGUUAUAUUCUGUAGUGGUAGUUCUCGUCCCUUAUAUAUCUGAGUGAGAGAUUAUGGAUUUUGGUAGGGUUCUAUAUUUCUUGACAUUAUUUAGCUCAAAAUCUGAUCAAAGAACCUCUUGUUCUCAAAUCUGGUUCUUGAACCUUUACAAUAAAAUACCUAUUAAUUAUAGUGAAGGUUCCGUCGUUCUUAGAUGUAGUUUGCUCAAAGAUCGUAGAACAAUUAAAGUUUGGAUGUAACCACAAAGAAUUGUCUUAGUGGUGGGUCUGGACCGAUAUAAUUGGAAAUACUAUUCAUAAAUAUAAUUGUUCCUUCUCAU